UAUUAGAUCAGAUGAUAUCUAUAAACAAAGGAAUUUGAUGGAAUAUUAAAUGUAUAAAAACUUUCCAUUUCAGUAUUAAUAAAAUAGAGUAAUUGCAAAUAUAGAAGGAAAUAAUUAUCAAUUAUUAAUUACUAGUCACCUCAUAUUGUUUUGAAUAGCAGUCAUUGUGAAAUACUCUAUUAGUAGUUUCUGAACCUCCAGUAGUGUGGGACUCUGAUGCCAGUUAUUCAUUAAAAUUUACCCAUUGGAUGGUAUGUGAUUGAUUUCAUACACUGCAGGCUGCUCUGUUGCAGUUCUAUUGUACCCCAUAGAUUUUUUUUUAUUUACAAAAAAGAGAUAAAGGACAGUUGGUUUUGCUAACCUAAACCUGAAAAAGUCACCAGAUCCAUGUCUCAAAGCUGCUAAUGAAGCUUUGAAAAUUAUUAACUGAUUAAUCUAGUUUGAAUAAUGUAACUUCAAUGAACACUUGAACCCAAAUUAAAAUUGGUGCAAGAGAUUACAUUUUGUAAUGGGAAUUUAAUGAAUAAAAUAAAAAAAAUACAUAAUUCCAAAUGGCUAAUCUGACUGAAACAAAAAAACUGGACCCUAUAACAUUAUAUACAAAUAAUAACCAAGAUUGUGUGUCUGAAAAAGAAAAUUCUUCAUUGACUGUUGAUCUGUCAUUAGAAGUAUGGGAAGAGAUAUUCAGUUACUUAACAACAAAUGAUGUCAUCAAUUUUUGUGAGGCUUUUCCAGAAACAUAUUUUCUCUUAAGAGACAAGAAUAUUAUAAGGAAUUUUGAUAUAAGUGGCAAUUAUUUAUUUAUUGAAAAGAGUCUGCUUAAAUAUCUAAAUGAGCAUGUUUCAUACACAUACAUCAGACAUCUUAAUAUUAAUAAAAUUUAUUGGGUUGAAGUGAACGUCCUUAGAAGUGUUCUUCAAAAACUGCCAAACUUAGAAGAACUAUUAGCCCUUAAUACAAAAUUAAGUUUUAAACCAAAAGAUAUAGUUUUAUAUAAGAAAUUAACAACUCUCGCAGUAUCAGUUCACAUAGCAGACUUUAUGCAUAACAUGGAUAUUAGCUACUAUAAAAAUAAUUUAUAUAUGCUAAGGAGACUGUGUUGUCAUGUGCCUACGAGGAACAAAACUGUGACUUCUGGAUUGUGCACCCUUUUUCCUGAACUUAUGGCACUUAAAGAAGUGUGGAUAUGUGACACGGACGAUAUGAAUACUGUCGCCAUUAAAUAUGAUGCACUCGUGGUCCAUCUGCAAUUUUUGAACAAGUUGGUCAUUAAAUCAAGAGCAAACAUUGCUUUUUUGGAUUACAAAGCCUUCGGGCUUGCGAAGUACUUCGAGAGUAGACGCUUUAAGUCAAUUGUUAUGAAAUAUGAGCGUCUUCCAGCUGAUCAAAUUAUUCCAUUAAAAAAUGUAUCAAUAUUUGAACCGUUUGAAUCAACACUGGAAAAAGCUUGGGAUUUGUUGCGGACAUAUAAAUCAGAAAUGCCUUAUGACGAUGAAGCUCAUCGGGUGAUAUAUAUGACAAAGCAAAUUACAGAAGUCAACUUUAGGGAGCUCAAUUUCUUCCAUCAUAAGUGCUUUUGUACCCCGGAAUAUAUAAACGCAACUUUGGUCUUUUUAAGAUCAAAGAAUAGUAAAAGGCUAAAGAAACUCAGUACUAAAACCUGUAUCUUGCAACGUACACCUGUCCCAAAGGGAUAUUCAGUGGAACGUUUAGAACGAAAAUACCGAAUAGUGGAAGUAAUAAAAAAUUGUCCCAAUUUAACUACACUAGAAUUAAUGCAGUGUUCCAGUUGUAAUGUGACAAUUUUGAAUGCUUAUCCCUACAUAACUAACUGGACUAAACUGGAAAGAUUUACUUUGGAGGUACCAUCCUAUUUGGAUGGCAAGUUUCUCAUAGAAAUGUUUAAAACGUGCAAAAACCUUCAAUUUGUUCGAAUAAUUAGUUACAACACUAACGAGAAUUUAAACAGGUAUAUUUGCCACGCCCUCCCACAUGCCACCGCUUUGAGAGAUUUACAUUUCGAGAAUAAACACGUACACCUGAAAGAAGUGUUCUCAUCCCUACUGAAAAUAAACAGCAACAAUUUAAGACGAAUAGUGCUGCGUUGCGACUACAUGGUGAAAGAAUGUUGUCAUGUUAAAUAUAUUGGUGUUGUUUUGCAAGAGUUUAUAGAAAGAAAUCCGCAGCUGCUAUUUCUGCUCGUCGGCUUAGCAAACAAAUCGAGAACAGACUUACAGCAGUUGCAAGAAAUAUUAAAUCCAUUCCAGAAGGAUCGUCCCGCCAAGUUCUUUCGUGUAAAAAAGAACUCGGAAUUGUUAAAUAGUAAAACUGUUUUUAUGGAGGUUCAUAAAGAUCUGUAUACUUAUGAUAGUGAAGUUUCCACUAUUGAUAUGUAUACCUUCAAAUAGAGGGCUGAUUCCCAAUAUUCAGGGGAGCAAUAAAAAGGGAACUAUUCUGCUGAUGAUGCAUAUUAUGUGGAGUGUUAAGGUCGUGAAAAUAUAUAGUGUGAUUUAAUGUAAGGCUAAGUUAAUUUUAAGGUUAAUUUGAAAUUGCGUUUUUAUUUACUUACAUUUAAACUUAUACGAAAUUUUCCAUUUUGGUUACUUUUAAAAUCUUUUGCACUUGUAAGUGUCCAAUCAGUAGGAAAAAAAGUAACUGUUAAUUGCAUUAACAUAAAACUAAUUGCUUGUACCACAAAAGUUAUACUAAAUUUUUGAGAUUUAUUUUUGGGAAAUGAGAAUUUUUUGUUUGUUUUUUUUUUUAUUUUCUGUUGAUAUAUUUUCAUGAAGAUUUCUAUAAGGUUGGAUUUUUAAAUUUUAUUGCAGCUUGUUUUUAUGCAGCUAAAUGACCAUAUUUUUCUGGUUUCACUGAUGAAUCUAAUGGUUAUUCUUAAUCACAAUAUCUUCUGGAUAUAUUUUACAUACAGGAGUCUUUGUAAAGAAAAGAAUAUAGCCAUUAUCUUUACCAAAGUGUAUAUUUUUAGAAAAGACUAGAACCAAGCAAUUUAUGUUUUUGUUGCACAUUUUUUUACCGUAAAAAAUUAUAAACAUGGUUACUUGCAAUCUUUUUUAAUAAAAAUCCUUAACAUUUUUUCCUCAGUGCAAAAAACUAAUGCAAAAACGUUUGAUUUCAAUAAAUGUUUGAAGUGAUCACCAGAAACAAUUUGACAAAAGCUGAAUCGAUUAUAGAAAUAUUAGAUUGUAUAUUAUCACAAGAGAUAUCCCUUUCAAGAGAUUUUAUUCGCUUAGUCAUUCUUCUAAAUUUUGUAGACGAAAUUGUAUAUGCGAUCCUUAAAAGAAACCCAUGGAAAAUAAUGUAUAAAGAACUAUAGCUUAGGAAUCUUAUUCCGUCGGUCAAUUCACAGCACCUCCUCUAGCUGUUCACUUUAGUCUUACUAUUGAGAUAUUCCCGUGUACUUCGUUCAAAAGGCAGAACACCGUCUUGUUGUAACCAUGUUUGUGAUUGUGUAAUAUCCAGGUCAUUACCAUUUGGAAUAGCAUGCAGAAAUCAAUUCGAAUGAUAAAAAUUCCAAAUGGGGAUUACUAUUUGGGUUUUUUUUUUAAAUAAUGCGGUCAUAAAAAUCUACUAUUAACCUCGUCCAUCCAUACCUUUUACGCGUAAUGCGUGUUUUUGUCCAUAAUCUAAUCAUUUUUCUUAUUUCCUUUCCUUAUCAGCAAUGAUUAAGGUUUUUAUUAAUUCCUCAUUUAAUGAAAAGGCAGCCUCCUCUGUAAAUAUUAUAUUUGGCAAAAAAAAAUUUAUCAUACAGUCCGAUUUCGGUGUUACAAAAUUUGAUACAUUUUUCCGAAGAAAAUUCGAUUAGAAAUUGUUAUACGUAGAAAACCUUGAAAGGGUGAUAGUGUUCUUUUUAUUUCUACAAGGUGCCAGAACACAUCAAUCUAAGGGCUCAUCAUCAGUCUAUUUAAAGUAGCAUAUGCUUUUUAUUUAAUCUUCAAAGCUAGAGGCAGUUAUUAUCUUUGGAUAGAAAGGACUUUUGAUCGCUUUUUUGUAAAUUUUUAACAUGUAAUAGGUUCAAAGUACUUACCGUUGACUAUGCAAUAGUAUUUUGGAUAUGCUUCAUUAAACAAUCUCCAAAUUUAUAAGAUAAAUAAAAGACAGUAAAUUUCUUACCACUUAUAUUUUAAUGAAAUUUAUAUAAAGUUAUGUACAUACACGAUAUGUUUCAAACGUAGAGAUUUUCAUGACAAGGAAAAAAGGAAAUUACAUGGAAGAGAAGACAAAUAACAGUACAGACUAAAAUAACUUAAUAUUAAAAAUCAAGUGUAAACAAAACAAAAUUUUAGUUAGGUUAACUAUUUUCGAUUAUCGCAAAAGCCACUGACGUUUUAAUGAAGCUUACACUAGUUUGUAGAUACUAGUUCACUUUAGUCUUACUAUUGAGAUAUUCCUUUUUUCUUGUUUUGUCAAAUUUCAAAUAUGUGGUCAGUUGUAUGUAUAAGUAAAUUUCGUGUUAUAUAAGGGGAGUGUAAGACAAAAUGGCAUACUUUGUGUUUAAGACCGCAUAAUUUUUUUUCAAAAAAUGUUAAACGCAUUCUAAUGUUUAAAAUAUUAUUGGUGUAUGUAAACUAUAUAUACAAAAGUUUAAGACUAAAAGCAGGUCAUGUUCACCAGAAAUAAAAUAUUUAACAAAUACCUCAAAGUGUCAUUUUGCCCACCACUGUGUAGGCAAGAUAACAUAGGCAGGUAGGCAAAAUGACAUACAUAUUCAUAAUGACAUUAAAUUUCAAAACAAAAAAUAUGUAUGGUUUAAAAUAUUUAUUAAACAAAUGUAUAUAAAGUAAACUUUUAAUGAAAACAAAUAAAAUCAUAAAGAACAAAAGGAAAACAUUAUUCUAAAGAUCCCACUCUUUAAAAAAUACAUUUGCUUAAACUAAUCUUUGCAUGCAUCGCAAAUAAAUUGCUUGGUUUUUUUUGACACAUCUGCGCAGUCAGUGUGAGCCCACAUUUUGCAGAGUUGGCAUUUUAUCAAUUGCUCCUUCGACCUAGAUCUACUGAAAACUUCAUUGCAGUAGAUGUACGCUGGAUCAUCCUCGUCCUCUGAUUCAUUUCCAAAAGGUUCAAGUUCUUCAUCUGAAUCAUAAAAAACUUGUUUGGUAACCCGGGCUCGAUUACUUUUCCUGACUUCUCUUUCUCUUUUUUUAUUUCGAAUUCUUUUAACUCGUUAAUCAAUGGAGAAAUUGUUAAGACACUUUGAGACUCCUUUCUUGAUUUUUUAUUGCUAUCUUAGCUACAGGUUUGGGGUGUAUUUCUUCUAAAAUUUUAUCUAUUUUCGAUAUAUUUGCCAUUUUAUUUCCGUUAUUAUUCGAAGUAGGGACCUUACCGAAAGUUGAACAGCCACUGUCCUUCGAGCAUCCGGGUUGGUUAUUGUCAUCCUUAUCAUCAUUAUGUUUGUUAGGUGAGUUUUUACCUGCAUUUUCAAUAUCCGUGUUUUCGGUAUCCUCAACCAGCGAUGUUACUAAACUGGGGGCAAAAAGAUGAUCCGGAAAAAUUUGUGGAUUUAGUGGGCAAAUACCGGUUGCUCUAAAGCCACUAACAGCAAUUCCUACAGUGGCUGCUUUAUUGUACGCCUUUUCAAACAGUGAAGAAAUGUGAUACAUCGACACUAUCCUCCCAGGAUUUGCUUUUAACCAGUUCGUUACUUCUUGAUCAUAAUAGGAUCCCAGAGGUCCAAAAAAUGACACAACUAGUGGUUGAAGUCUAUGGGUACAAUGUGCUGGUAAACAAAAAACCACUACAUAAUUUUCUUUUGCAUAUUUUAGGGCACUAUAAUCUUUGUGACUUGUAUGCCCAUCCAAAAUUAGCAGGGCUUUAUUAUCGACAGUGGUCUAACAUAUUGAACAAAAUGUUUAAUCCAUUUAAAAAAUAAUGGUAUUAUCAUAUAGGCAGGUUUAUUAUACAAUUUAAGCGUUCCUUGAGGUGCUCCAUCAUAAAGUAGUUCAUUUUUCUUUUUGGUAGGAAAAAUUAGAGCUGGAGGGAUAUAGUUACCAAUGCUGCUUACGCAAAUCACGGCAGUUGUAUGAAAUCCGCGUUCUCCACUUGUUAGUGACCCUACUUGCUUCUUGCCUUUUUGAGCAACAAUCUUUUGAGUUUUUUGGACAUUGGUUAUUCCACUUUCAUCCAUGUUAUAAAUCAUCGUCGGGUUUAUUUUUUCCUUUUUAAUUAUUUUUUCCAAGUUCUGAAAAUAUUUUGCUACCUCUUCUUUAUUGAAGGCCCGGGCCCGUGCUGCCGACGUUGCUUCUGGCUUUCUGAGCGAUAUUAUUGGAUGUCUUGACAUAAAAUCACGAAACCACCCUCUGCUAGCUAUUUUUUUCACUUUGUUAAACUGGUGUGGCAUACCACUACAAUCGGCAAGCUCGUUUGCAACCGUACGGAGCUCUAUUUGUGUUAACUCAAAAAAUUUUGACUCUAAAUCCAAAUUGUGCUUUAAUAAAGCUUUUUCCAUUUCUUCAUUUAAGGAUUUUCUAAAUCUUCCCAGACUUUUCUUCCCUUCACGAGCGUACAAAUUCUUGUUAUUAUAAUGCCUUCGCAGGGUUGCCUGUGGAACAUUGAAUGCCUUAGAAGCCCUUAACCAACCCAUUCCUUUUUUUUCUCGAACUGCCUCAUGCAUGUCUGCCGUUGACCAGGAUUGGCGAUUAGAUUUUCUGGAGUAGUUAGACACCAUUCUAAAACAAAUUUCCUGUAUUAAUGAAUAAUCAGCGGCAUAUUCACACUGAAAGGCAAAACGACAUACUAUGUCAUUUUGCCUCUUGGUAACAUUUUUUAAAUUAUUUCAUUAUAAUCUAUUGAAACAAAACACUAUUAAAAAACUACUUCACUACAUUAUGGUUGCAAAACUAUAUGCAAAUGUGAACAGUUUUAUUUAUAUUUAGCCAAAAAGCGACAAAAACGUAAUAACAUACCUUAAUCUUUUCUGCCUGCUCCAACACGUGUAAACAAAAACUUUUUUUGACAAGCACUACAACCCUGUUUGGCCGGAUCAUUACUAAUAAUCGCAUCCGCGAGUAAGCUUAUAGUAAUUGGGAACAGUGUUGCCGAAUAUAUUUAAAAUCUCCGUAGAAUGGGAAAGUAUAUCAUUUUGCCUGAUAUGCCGUUUUGCCUUACACUCCCCUACAUUGACCUAGAACUUUAAAAGUAAUUUAGGAGCAUUAUAACAGUAUUAUCAUUGAUCAUUUGUCCAAUGUUCGUUUAAUCGAUAUACCUUCCCUUCUCUAUAAAGUUCCCUUUUUGGUAUUGCAUCUGUUGCUGAUUUUAAUGAGAAUUGUGCAGUUUUCCAAGCAUCUGUUUCCCAAUCUGAACUAUGGAAUGCUAAAAUAAGUCAAAAUAGCAAAAUAAAUAUCAUGCAGGGUAUAAAUGGAUUAUUAGAAGAAGAUAGACAAUUGCAAAUCUGAUUAAUUAAAAGGUUCUUUAAUAGUGAAAAUAAAUAUGUUGUUAUAUUAGGUCUCAUGGAUUAUUAUAAACGAUAUCCUAUGUUAAAAUUAGAUAAUAUGUAUUGAAAAGUUAGUAGGGAACGUCUUUUCUCCACAAAUAAAAUGCUAAUCCUCUAAUUUCAGGAGUGAUGCAUUUCGGCAAGUGUUCCUGAAAUUAGAGGAUUAGCAUUUUAUUUAUGGAGAAAAGACUUUCCCUACUAACUUUUCAAUAUUAUAUUGACUCCACUUCAGAAUGGACUUUUUCCUUAAUAUUAAAUAAUAUGUAUUAACAAAAAAAUUAACUCGUGUAGUUUAACUACUUCAAUGAAACACAGUUCUAAAUCGACAAUUAUUUUCCAGAAAGUAUUUUAGUUGGUAUUAUGUUCAAAUAUUCGACCAAAUCAUUGUAAAUUUUGUUUAAGUAUUUUACUAUUCCGAUUGUUAAUCGCAAAAUACAAAUUCAGAAAGAAAUAUGAUGCAUGUAAGAAAUAUUUAAGUAAAACUUGCAAAUUCUAUAAAAGGUUUAGGAACCUGUUAUUAUUAUUAAUAGGGAAUUAAUAUUAAUAAAUCAAUACAUUACAGAGCAAUCAUAAAUUUACAUAUUUAGAAAAGAUCUAAUAAUCCAAAGCCUUUACCAUUUUUUUAUUUGAUUUAUUCUUUAUUUUCUUAUUUUGUUUCAGUACCUUUUUUCAUAACUUUUUUCAUGGGCUAGCGCUUUUAACAUUUCUUCAGAUAUUUUCUCAUUUACCAGAUUUUCAUAGCUGAUUUGGGUUGGUAUAUUACUGUUGGUUAUUAUAUUAUUCCAUAUAAGGUUAAGUUUUAGACUAGAAAAUAAUCUGAAGAUCUAUCAAACUUAUUUAAAUUGGAAAAUAGAAAGAAAAUUGUGUAUUUUUUAAGGAGGUGAGAAUUAACAAUUUUGUCAGAAUGGAGUAGUGAACUGAAGUAGUGAAACAUUUUACGUACCGUAAAUGCUCGACUGUUUUCCUCCUACUUCUUAUUUAAUAAUUGCUUUCAGUUGCUAUCCUGUUCUGUACAAUUAUCUUUUUUUAAUAUUGAUGUAAGCUAAAAAGCAGUAUUUUGCUUGAUCGUGGUGUUCAUUAUUGUAGAAAAUUAGAUGUUUGCAAUUUGCUCGUUUAAAUAUAUCUAGAAUUAGUUUUUAUUUUAUAACUAUACAUAUUUAGAGUUUUUAUUUAUUUUAUUAUAAUAAUUUAUGAUAUGUUGAAAAUAAACUAUUUUUUUAUUA